CAGAUCCACCAACCUUGCAGCGCCCCAAUCCAUCCAUCCCAUCCUGCCUCCGACCAUCGUCCUCAAUUUCAGCGCCACCCAACCAACCACCGCACCCCGACGCCUCCUAGUCCCCGCAGCCGCGCAAGCACCCAUGGAGGCGUGCAUCCUCAAGCCCGUGCUCCUGCUCGACUCCGCCGAGCGCAGCCGCCUCCCUGCCCGAUCCACCCAUGGAUCCAUCCGGCCUCGUCGUUCCCCAGCCUCGCCCGCAUCAGGGUCCGCCGGAUCCUGGCCAUGCCCUCGCCGGAGAACACCGUCGCGCGCCUGGUUCAGCUCGCCGUCGUCCUUCAUCCCGCAGCGCCCGAGCCCCAAUGCCCUGCUUGCCUCCUCUACUACGUUCGAGCAGGGAGGACGACGAGUGCUCGACCGGAGCCCCGUUCUCCCUCCUGCGCUCGACCUCGUCCCCAACUACCUGCAUCCAGGACCCGGCCGCCUCCACCUCCGUCGGAGCACCACCGGGCCAGCAGCGCCCCGCGCCCGUCCUCGCGACCAGCUGCGUUGCCGUCGACCACCAGCCCCAGGCCCAUGCUCGACAGCCCUGCCCCUCUUUCUGCUCCUCUACUUCCCCUCUCUCUCACCCGACUCCCUCCCUCUGUUUGCCUACAGAGUUCGUCUGCUGCCAUGGAUGCCUCCUCGAGCUCCCGUUCGCCUCGCGGUCGCCGGGAACCGAUGCCCCGUGGCCGGAUCCGUCAAGCUCCGCCUCCCUGCACCGAGUCCCUCGCCGGAGUGAACUCGUCCCCAAGCCCUCAUCGCCGGCCUCCUGUGCUGCUGUUUCUGUUCUUCAGAAACGAGAGCAGCAGCGCUCGCCCGGUUCAGUCCUGAACGUUGACCGCGCUUCUGCUGCGUGCCCGAUCGCCCUGCCUCCGCUUCGAUCUGCCUGCCAGGCCCGCAACCGCAGCGCCAGGCCCAGCCGGGCCACCUCCUCCGCACCGCGCCAGCCAGCUCCGGUGGCCCAUCUCGCACCAGCCUGCCUCCUCCUCCUUCACGGGCCGCAGCCCAGGGCUUGCAGGUGCCGAUGAGUCUGUGCAGAUGACGCAACCAAGCUCAGGAGGAGCUCGAAG